UGACUUAAACGCUUUACCAAGUAGAUACAAGUACUGACAAGUGUCUUUAAUAAAAUACAUAAUCGUUAGAUAUUUUUAUUUCUAUUACAUAUAUAUUUAUUUUAUAAAUAUAAAUAUUCUGAUCAGCCGAUUUCUUCAUUCAGUUGCUGCAUGACAUGUGUGUGAGAGUGUUAUUAAUUUAAUAGUUUAAAUAAAAUUUAGUGACGAAAGAUCAUGAAAUUAAAUGUCAUUUUUUUAUUUUUCUUCUUGGAAAUUGUCAGAGGAAUUUAUGAUCCAGCAUUAACGACGACAAAACCACCGCAGCGCCGAGAAUCUUUGCCUUGGUAUUUGUCAGGUGAAGAUUCCGUACCACCCGCAGAAUUUCUGCUGCCGCCUAGAGCCAAACCAUCAGAAGCUCAGACGCAGAGAAAUGUCCCCGGUACUAAAGGUUCGAGUAAUUGGCGUGAGAAUUCCCGGAGCGAUAUUGAACAGCGCUCUGAAGAGGACACCCAGCACAUUCCGUAUAAUUAUUACAAUAAUUACAAUGACAAUCUUGGAUUUUACGAUCAAGUGCAGUCUGUAACAAAUGAUGAACAUCAAAGUUACGAUAACUUUGGAUCUUACAAUCUCAACGGGAAUUUAUAUAACCAAAAUUUAGCCGGUAGUAAAUCCCGAGAUGUCAAAGGUACUCUAAAGGAUUUUAAUAAAAUUAAAUUUACGGAGCAGAGUAUCUAUGAAGGAGUUACCGAUGAUUACAAUAAACCACGUAAAGAAGCGAUUGUCGGUCGGAAAGAAGAGUCAAAGGUGGCAAAGUACGACCAAGCAACAGGAAUAGAGUGUCCUUACCCGGAAGCAACUGGUCAGUUUAUUUACCCAAUUGACUGUAAUUUCUUUGUAAACUGCUGGAAAGGACGUGCUUUUAUCCAGCCGUGUGCACCUGGAACUAGAUUCAAUCCCAAAACUCUCGAGUGCGAUUUUCCCCACAAAGUUAAGUGCUACGGCGGAGAGUUGGCUGACUUUGUAGGAUCGGAUUACUCACAGCCGGAAAUUUCUGGACAACGAGAGCCUUUGUCGAUUAAAUAUUCUCCAUUAGUUACUGCUGAGGUUAAUAAUUACCAACCAACAUGUCUGGAGCAGCUAACUGGGUCCCUAUCGCAUCCAGAAGACUGCAAAAAGUACCUCCAGUGCGUGAAUGGUCAAGCGAUUAUCAGAGACUGCGGCCCGGGGACAGUAUUCAACCCAAUAAUAGGCGUCUGCGAUUGGCCUAAGAAUGUUCGAGGCUGCGAAAAAGCGAUCGAAGAACCUGAAGACGAUCUACCUCUUUAUCUUACUCCACCACGAUCUGCGCCGAUAAUAUCGCCGACCAGAGAUAGUUCCUCAAGUUAUGCAAUCCCGAAUUCUCAAAAUAGUUGGAGACCAAUUCCAGCUCGACAACAAGUGACUCAACCGAUUGCUUGCCCGCGGGACUUUUCAGGAAUUUCUAAACACCCUACAGAUUGCACUAAAUUUUUACAGUGCGAUCACGGGGCGACUUUUGUAAUGGACUGCGGCCCGGGGACUGUUUUUAAUCCCAGUAUUAGUGUCUGCGACUGGCCGUAUAAUGUUCCCGGUUGCGGUCAAGCUGGUCAUAAUAAUAAUGAUGAUAAUAAUAGUCCGGUAGAACGUGAAGGAAGGACAUACGAUUUAAAUUCUUGGAAUUAUCAAGGAAAUUCUAACAGUGGGUUCAAUUCAAAUUAUCCUGGUUAUAGUCAAAGCCAAAGUAGACCUUGCUCAUACCCUGGGUGUUCGAAUGUAGGUCAGGGACAAGGACAAGGUCAAGGAAGAUUCCCUCCAAGAUAUCCAAAUCGUCAAAACCGGCCACCAAUUGUUGACAAUCGUCCUUCUAGACCAAAUUCUUACAAUCCGCAACAAAAUCCUCACCAAACUUAUCCUCACUACAGCAACAAUGAUAAUAUUAGAAAUAAUAAUGAUAAUUUGAGAGAGUUUCCACCGUUCCCGGGUAACAUUUACGUAGAAGCGCCUAGAACGAACAAUCAAUGGAAACCAAUCACGAGUAAUAAUAAUAAUCAAUGGAAUCAGCCUACUUGGAGACCGGCUUCCGUUGAUUCAACUCAAAAGCCUGCGGUAUUUAAUGGCCACGGAUAUGGAUAUAAUCCUUCUAGUGGAUUUACUCCGGGAAGGUGGUCUGAUCACGAUCAAAGCUUGUCGCCUCAUUCAAUCAAUCAAGAAUCUCCAAUAAGUUUUACGGAUAAGCCCAGUUACCGGCUAUCAGUUCCUGGAAAUUCAAAGACACAACCAAAUCCGGGGAUGAAAGGCAAGGAUAUUUAUAAUCAGGCGAAAGGUCAAUCGGCAGAUUCUUCGACUUUAUCAAAAUCCAGACCAAUGGGCAUUUACGUAAAUGAAAACGGUACUCGUAUCUACGGUCAUUAUAUUUUAAAAAACGAUAAUAAGUCUUCAAGCGUAAGCCCGGAUAAAAGUAAAAUUAAAAAAGUAAAUCCUUCUGAGUACGUCGGUUCGAGUUAUUACAACAUUACAAAUAUUAAUGGAUCAAAAUGGAAGCCUCUUAAUACUUCAUAUUCAGACACUCAUCCUGAUUUGACGAGCCAGUUGAAUCCACAAAAGCAUUAUCAACCAUGGAAGUCCAUUAACCACUAUAAUAAGACGCAAUAUACCAUGAACAACCACUUUAAUCAGUCUCAUAUUGGAUGGGAACCUGAGAACAAAACAAACAAUCAUUUAUACAACCGUAACACACGUACUUAUACAACUUCAGAGGAGCCGAUUCGCCGUAAUGAAGCCAACAAUGUUGGUAAUUAUAAUGCUCACAAUGGAAACCCUAUUUCUAGUACUUCUAGUACACCAGAAGCUUUCGGUUCGUCUUAUUCACCCUCUGAAAUUCCGACGAACCGGAGAGAGAAAAUUCUGCCCGACGGAGUAAUGGUGCCUUGGGAAAAACCUGAUACAAAUGCGCCAGAGGUAUCGAUUGACGAGGACAUUAAUUACGGGUACGAUGACGUGCUUGGAAACGAAAAUAAAAUAACUCCGGUGUCCGUUGGACCUAAUAUUGAUAAAUAUGACGUCGAUGUGCUGGAUGUUGAUACAUGGAAGCCGAAAAUAGCUAACAAAACUACCGGCAAAAGUAAUAAUGACGACAACAGCAGUAUUAUGAAGAUUGAUAGCAAAGUCGUGGACCUGGAGAUUUUUAACGUUGAAUCGGCCCCUUGGCAGCUCCUCGAGACCGCUUUCCCGGUUUAUUAUGUUCCGCCGCUUAUUCCUCUCGGUCAUACGAACGACAAAUUAAUUACUCCUUUAUCCGGUCAGAUUGUGAGACUGAGAGGAGGUUCUAGCAACAUAAAUGGAUAUGUUGAAGUACAAGGUAUUGAACCGGGUUGGGGAGUUGUUUGCGAUACUAGGCAUGGAUGGACUUUAAAGGAAGCUAAUUUAGUUUGUCGUCAGCUUGGAUUUACAAGAGGCGCAGAAACUGCUUGGCAAGGGAGAAUAAAAAAAGACGAAAGCAUCCCCGACUGGAUUGCUGCGACGAGUGUCCAGUGUUUUGGGAACGAAACUAAUUUCCAGUCGUGUAAAUUUACCCACGGAAGUGAAUGUAAUAUCCAGAGGGACGCUGUAGCAGUCACUUGUCUGCCUAAUCGAGUUGCUCAUUGUCGCGGUGAUGAGACACCUCACGAUGGUAACUGCUAUCAUCUCGCCGACUCAAGCUCGGGAUUAAAUCAUGCUGAGGCUUUGAAAUACUGCUCCUCAAAGAAUUCGAGACUUGUUGACAUCACCACCCAAGGGGAAAAUAAUUUCCUAUCUGAAUGGCUGAUACAGAGCCACCCGGAAAUCGAGUCAAUCAUGACCUCGGGAAUUGGAUUUACUACUUUUAAUAGAACCAUUUGGCUGUGGGAAGAUUCCGCCAAGGCUAAAUUCAAGUUUUCUAAAUGGUGGCCUGGAUGGAGAAGCGAUAAGAAAAUUCCACCGUGGGCGGGAUCUCGACCCGUCUGUAUAAUAAUGAAGAAGAAAUAUCCUUGCUACAAUAAUCCAGACUCAACUUGCUUGUCUGAUUACUUUUUCUGGGACAUUGAAGACUGCGCGGCCUCGAUGAAGGGUCACGCUUAUAUUUGUAAAAGACCUUACGACGACAUAAGUUGUGUUUACGGUAAAGGACAUCAGUAUCUGGGUAAAGCUAGCGUAGCAGCAUCCGGUAAACCUUGUUUACCCUGGAAUCAUACAGCCGUAGCUUAUCCCCUUCUUGUUAACGCCGUAGAUCGCGCAGUCAGGGAAAAAUUAAAGACUCAUAAUUACUGUAGAAAUCCUAAUCCCUUCGAAGAAUCUAAGCCUUGGUGUUUUACAGACAUCUCGGGUAAACGUGAACCCUGUGACAUACCUUCUUGUGGUCAUACUGUAGGCUCAGUACGUUCUCCAAUGGGUGGUACUUGCAAAGCAGGUCAUUUUGAAUGUUUACCUGAAGAAUGUAUUCCGUCACACUGGGUUUGCGAUGGCGAAUCAGAUUGUACGAAUGGUAGAGAUGAAUUACGCUGCUCAGAACACUUGGAAUUUUUCUCAAAAACACAAGGUCAUCGGCUGACUGGUUACGAAGUAGAAAAGUGGCUGAAUACUCCGGCGAAGACUUGUGCGUUGCGAUGUAAAGAAGCUAAAUUUACUUGUCGUUCAUUUUCUCAUAAAACUAGUGAAAAUCUGUGUUUGCUGAGCGAUAAUAACGUAGGAUCCACUGGAGCGUUGGAAGCCGUCAGUGGUUUUGAUUAUUACGAGAUGGUUGAUCUGAGCGUCGACUGCACAGGAAAGUUUGUUUGUAACAAUAAAAAAUGUAUCAAUCAAACGCAAGUCUGCGACGGAAAAAACGACUGCAAGGAUAGGUCUGAUGAAAAUAGUUGCGAUCCAGAGAAACUGGAUUACGGAAUACGGCUGAGUGGUUCCGAAAAUGAAUAUGAAGGUCGCGUUGAAGUUAAAAUAAUGGGUGUAUGGGGGCAGGUUUGCGACGACAAUUUCGGAAUGUUAGACGCUGAAGUUAUUUGCCGUGAGCUGGGAUUCGAAUUAGGAGCUUUGGAGCUCCGUCUGGGAGGAUUUUUCGGGAACAUGGAUCCAUCGACGCGGUUUAUGGUCGACCAAUUGACCUGCAGAGGCAAUGAAACUUCUCUGAGAGAGUGUGAUUUUGACGGAUGGGGCGUUCAUAACUGCUCGCCGGAAGAAACUGCCGGGGUAGUCUGCAAAACAGCCGUCGAAACAUGUCCCGAAGGCAACUGGAAGUGUGACAUAAGUCCUGUUUGCAUUCCCACUCCUUUUAUUUGCGAUGAAGUCGUUGACUGUCCAGAUUCUUCUGAUGAAAGUCCAGCUCAUUGUGAUGCGCCGUUUGAGAUAAGGCUAGCAAACGGAAGUAGUCCAUCGGAAGGCCGUGUGGAAAUACGUCAUCAUGGUGUGUGGGGAACUGUCUGCGAUGAUGAUUUUACUCAUGCUGCUGCUAAAGUAAUUUGCCGGUCAUUGGGCUUUGGAGGCUCUGCUAUCGCUAAAAAAGAGUCUUUCUUCGGACUUGGUGAAGGCCCGAUCUGGCUUGACGAAAUAUUUUGCUAUGGAAAUGAAACGCAAAUUCACCGGUGCGAGCACAGUCCAUGGGGCCAGAGUAAUUGCAAUCACGAAGAAGAUGUAGGAGUGAUUUGCCAAGACGUUUCAGUUAAUAUUGACGAGGACGAAAGUAACCGCGUGGUUACGGAGGUAAAUAUCAACGACAUACUACCGAGUAACUGUGGAAAGCGCGCUGAAGAUUUCCAUAAUGAAGAGGAAAUAUUUGCUAAGGUUGUCCGCGGUUCAGUAGCCCCGAAACACUCGUACCCGUGGCAGGCAAGUAUACGAGUAAGAGGUCACAGCAGGUCAAAUCAUUGGUGCGGCGCAGUCGUUAUCUCUCCUCUGCAUGUCUUGACAGCAGCCCAUUGUCUCGAGGGCUACAACAAGGGUACUUAUUUUGUUCGCGCUGGAGAUUACAAUACUGAGAUAACAGAAGGAACCGAAGCAGAUGCAAAUAUAGAAGAUUAUUACAUUCACGAGGAAUUCCGGAAGGGUCAUCGUAUGAACAAUGACAUUGCUUUGGUGUUAUUGAAAGGUCGUGGUAUUCCACUUGGUGAGCACAUAAUGCCAAUUUGUCUACCGCCGAGAAACGUAGAGUAUCCUGACGGUUUGAACUGUACGAUCAGUGGAUUCGGAAGCAUCGAGACUGGAAAAUCUGCACACUCGAGGGAUUUGCGCUUUGGUUGGAUUCCACUGAUUGACCAAAAUAUUUGCCGGGCAGACUAUGUUUACGGGGAAGGCGCUAUAAGUGAUGGUAUGAUGUGCGCCGGAUAUUUAAAUGAAGGCGUAGAUGCUUGCGAUGGAGAUUCUGGCGGACCACUUGCAUGUCAUCAUAAUGGUGUGUUCACCCUUUAUGGCAUCACCAGCUGGGGUCAACAUUGCGGAAAAGCAAACAAGCCUGGCGUUUACGUACGUAUUGCCCAUUACCGAGAUUGGAUCGAUAAAAAAAUACGAGACUCGUUAUCUGGCAGAUAGCCCGGUAAACUUCUGAGGUCAAUCUUUUUUUAUAUCUCAAAACUUACAUCAAGACGAAUAUACCCAAGAUUCAAUCGAUAAUUGAUAGCUAAUAAAUCUCAAUAUAUAUAGGAAAAUAAAUAAUUAUAUUACACAGUUUA